GGGCGGGGCCUGGGGCAGGUCCGCGGCCCAGGCCGCCGGUCACGUGCUGCGGAGGCGCGGGCCGGGCGGGGUAUAUAGGCCGGUCGCCCGCGCCCCCACUUGGAACGCCGCGCGGGACUCGCCGGAUCGUGGUGUUUGCGCUGCUGUGGGUCGAUUUCUUUCUCCAAGAAUAAAAAUGGCAUCUGUUGCAGUUGAUCCACAACCGAGUGUGGUGACUCGGGUAGUCAACCUACCGUUGGUGAGCUCCACGUACAACCUCAUGUCCUCGGCUUACAUCAGUACGAAGGAUCAGUAUCCGUGCUUGAAGUCUGUGUGGGAGAUGGCAGAGAAGGGUGUGAAGACCAUCACUUCCAUGGCUGUGACGAGUGCUCUGCCCAUCAUCCAGAAGCUGGAACCACAGAUUGCGGUUGCCAAUACCUAUGCUUGUAAGGGGCUAGACAGGAUUGAGGAGAAACUGCCUAUUCUGAAUCAGCCAACAAACCAGGUUGUUGCCAAUGCCAGAGGUGCUGUGACCGGGGCAAAAGAUGCUGUGACAACUGCUGUGACCGGGGCUAAGGAUUCCAUGGCCAGCACCAUCACUGGGGUGAUGGACAAGACCAAAGGAGCGGUGACUGGCAGUGUGGAGAGGACCAAGACUGUGGUCAAUGGCAGCAUUAACACAGUCUUGGGAAGUCGGAUGAUGCAGCUGGUGAGCAACGGAGUAGAAAAUGCGCUCACCAGAUCAGAGUUGCUGGUGGACCAGUACCUCCCUCUCACGGAGAAAGAACUAGAAAAAGAAGCAAAAAAAGUUGAAGGGUUUGAUACAGUUCAGAAGCCAAGUUACUACGUUAGACUGGGAUCCCUGUCUACCAAGCUCCGUGCACGUGCCUACCAGCAGGCUCUCAGCAGGGUUAAAGAAGCCAAGCAGAAAAGCCAAGAGACCAUUUCUCAGCUCCAUUCCACUGUUAAUCUGAUUGAAUUUGCCAGGAAGAAUGUGCAUAGUGCCAACCAGAAAAUUCAAGGUGCUCAGGAUAAGUUCUAUCUCUCCUGGGUGGAGUGGAAGAGAAGCGUUGGCUAUGAUGAUACAGAUGAGUCCCACUGUGCUGAGCACAUUGAGUCACGUACUCUUGCUAUUGCACGCAGCCUGACUCAGCAGCUCCAGACCACGUGCCACAGCCUGCUGUCCAAUGUCCAGGGGUUACCACAGAACAUCCAAGAUCAGGCCAGUCACCUGGGGGUGAUGGCUGGUGACAUCUACUCAGUGUUCUGCAAUGCUGCCUCCUUCAAGGAAGUGUCUGACGGCCUCCUCACUUCCAGCAAGGGGCAGCUGCAGAAAAUGAAGGAGUCUUUAGAUGAUGUGAUGGAUUAUCUUGUUAACAACACGCCUCUCAACUGGCUGGUAGGUCCCUUUUACCCGCAGCUGACCGAGUCUCAGAAUGCUCAGGACCAAGGUGCACAGAAGGACACAAGCAGUCCGGAGGCCCAGCAGCCUGAGCACAGAACCCGUUAGAGCUGUCCUUGUUACCAGGACUGGGUGUGGCCAGCUGGAGGAGACUUUCUGUGAUGUUGAAAUUAACCUGCUAGACAACUCUGAAUUGGGGAAGCAGCUAGCUAGAGAAAAGGUCCUCAGUUGUAGUCAUUUCUAACUGGAUUAAGAGCUUUACAGUGUUUGGCAUUAGCAGAUGAGCUCUGCUUUUUUCCUGGCUGGUAAGAAAAGAAUGCUAGGUUGGUCAGAGCCUGGCCAGGACUCCCAGAAAGUUUCCCUGCAUUUAUGGUGUCAUCCAUUGUUACCACUGUUGCUGUUCGUUUGUCUUAAAUAAAAAACAACUUCCUGUGGGCUGUGGUGUGGGCUGGUGUCUGCUCCCAUUUGGUCCUGUCACCGGUUGGUCGCACAGAGCAUGCCUGUACAAUUUUUUUUUCAUGAAGGAAUGCGCCCUAUGAAUUCAAUAAAAUUCACUGCAGAAUAGAUCAA